UUGGCAGUCCUCUUUCACACGAUAGCCUUCACCGGGAGAGGACACGCUCGCGCUACUUCUUUUUACCACAACAACAAGCCCUCUUGUUAUUAUAACGAAAAUGGCUCAAGAAAAUCAUGUUUCAUCUGUAGCUGAGGGAGACACCUUUCUCUUCACAUCAGAAUCCGUUGGAGAGGGACAUCCAGACAAAAUCUGUGAUCAAGUGAGUGAUGCAGUUCUUGACGCUCAUCUUGCUAUUGACCCUAACGCAAAGGUCGCCUGUGAAUGUGCCUCAAAGACCGGUAUGAUCAUGGUGUUUGGUGAGGUGACGUCUAAUGCCCAUGUAGACUACCAAUCGUGUGUAAGGAAUGCUAUUAAAGCCAUAGGAUAUGAUGACUCGUCUCAAGGUUUUGACUAUGAUACCUGUAAUGUGUUAGUGGCUAUUGAGCAGCAAGUACCCGAGAUUGCACAAUCAGUUCACGUAGGAAAGGCUGAAGAUGAUAUAGGUGCCGGUGAUCAGGGAUUGAUGUUUGGUUAUGCCACUGAUGAGACGGAAGAGUGUAUGCCCCUGACUGUAGUGUUAGCCCAUGCUCUUACGCGUAAAAUGGCUGAAAUCAGACAUGGAGGAGACAGAAGGCUUCGACCAGACUGUAAAUCACAGGUUACGGUAGAAUAUAAGAUGGACAGGGGAGCUUGUGUACCUCUGCGUGUCCACACCAUCGUUAUCUCCACCCAGCAUUCACCUGACAUCACUCUACCAGACCUUCAGAAACUUCUCAGGGAACAGGUCAUUGAUGUCGUCAUCCCAAAGAAAUACCUUGACGAGAACACCGUCUACCAUCUGAACCCCUCAGGGUCUUUUACCAUCGGCGGCCCCAAGGGUGAUGCCGGCCUUACUGGAAGGAAGAUCAUCGUUGAUACCUACGGAGGAUGGGGCGCCCAUGGCGGAGGUGCUUUCUCUGGCAAGGACUUCUCCAAGGUGGAUAGGUCUGCGGCCUAUGCUGCUCGCUGGGUAGCCAAGUCUCUGGUCAAGGCGGGACUCUGCAAGCGUGUUUUAGUUCAGGUUUCGUAUUCUAUUGGUAUCUCCGAGCCAUUGUCUAUCUCAGUUUUCCAUUAUGGAACAUCAGAGUACUCGGAGAAGGAACUCCUACGCAUCGUUAAGAGGAACUUUGACCUCAGGCCUGGUGUCAUUGUCAAGGAUCUGGACCUGAAGAAACCCAUCUACCGAAAGACCGCCACCUUUGGCCAUUUUGGCCGUUCGGAAUUCACCUGGGAACAGCCUAGGAAACUAGAACUCUGAGCAAGCCAACCAUGCUUGGUCUAACAGGACUUUUUGGGCAGUAUUGUCCCUAAGGGGAGUGAAUUAACCCUGGACAUAAUGGUGUGUGUAGAUAGGUGCACUAGCUUCAGCUGGCUCCUCUUUGGAACAUGUGGGAGAACACAAAUUUAUAUGUAUAUAUUAUAUAUCUGUAUAUUCUAUCAAAAGUUAAAUGAAUCAAAUUUUCGAGACAAAAGACUAUUGCAAGUUUGAAUUCCCUCCUUUUGGAGAAGACACAAAUUGUUAAUUUUGUAAAGAUACGUCGGCACAACGUUGCAUAUUGAUGAGUAGAGCACUGAGGUGAUGUGUUUACUUGUGCUAUGAUCAUAAUCUGUGAAUAUAUGGAUAUUGACUUCUGAAGGUUCUUGAUCUUCAACAUAGGGAAUAUGACAGUCAAUAUUUGAUCUAUUUGAUGAAGUAUUCAACGUCAUACACUGCACGCAAUUUUCAUCAUUUAUAUUGUUAAUAUUUACAUGUAACUAAUAGUUGAAGUGUGGUGUCAUAGGAUAUUAUGAUUUGAAAAUUAUGUCAAAUGCUUUCAGAGCGUGUGUCUAGUUUCGGCACACAUACGGAAAAGAUUUCCAUUCAAUAUCUGAUUAUAUGAUUGAAUUUGUUAAACCUUUAGUGCAUUUACAAUGACUGUGAGGAGUUGAAAAGGCUUGGAUGUAGAAAUAAGCAAGAUUUAGCACUCGGUAUGCGAAUUGGCUCAAUGUAGUAUUAGCGAGUGCUGAUUGUUGUUCAUGGUGUACGAUUUUGAAGAGAGCCUCCUAGAAUAGGUCUGUAUGGACCCAUGGGGUGGGAAUGGAAUCUACCCCAACCCUUUGAUAACCCUAGGCUUGUCAAGAUAAGGUAUCUGCGUCCUGUCCCAAAGCUCAGUCACAGGCAUAACAAAAAUUGUAUGCUUGUUACCCCAAAACAAGUAUCCUGCAGAACUGAUUUUGACGUUCAAGUAUGAAAUGUUGGGUAACUUCAGAACCAUGUGCCCUUGAUGUCACUUAUGUGGUCUCAAAAGAAGAGUGUGACUUGCGAAAGGAAGAAAAGCCAAACGUCGCAGGAGUUGCUCGCACCUUGCAUAAAGUCAUGCAAAAGAUUGGAGGAGAGUUUCUGCCCUUACCCCUCCACUGCCUAUUAUGGUGAAGGAGGAGAAGGGUUAAAUGAAAAUCGAGUGCUACAGUUUGUUCUUUAUUUCUUUAUCAAGAGAAAUAGAAGGCGACUUAAGUGUUUUUAUGAAAGUAAUUGAUUGUAACUUCAGAUAAUCUUUUAAGAAUCCCUUAGUCUUAUGUUAAUACCAAAUUAGUGUGCAAAGGUUCAGCUUUAAGCUUAGUUUAAUUCACCAUUAUUAUUUGCUGUAUCAGCUUCUUUGUGGAUUGAAUUUUCACAAAGUAUAGGAGCUUCAGUAUUUUUUGCUUUUUCAGCUCUUUGCAAUCCUUUCACAUCCCUGUAUAUUAAUAUGACUAACAGUAUUCAUUUUAUUGUGUUAAUAUUGAUAUGAUUAAUAGUAUUCAUUUCAUUUUUACCCAGCUGGUCAUGUAAUUUGCAGCGUAAUAUUAUUGAAAACAGCAACAUGAUGGAGAUCUCUUAUUUUAAAAGAGAAUGUUUGAACUGUAAUUCUUGUUCAAUUAAUUUCAGUCUCUUUAUGUAUAUUCUAGCAAAAUGUGAGCAUGUUUAAUCUGCUACCUUAUAUAGAGUACUAUCAAAGUCAGAAUUCUAAUAUUCUUGGGUGUGUCCAGCGAGGUCUCAUUGAAAUAUCUUGGUUCAAGGCUUUAUUUUUUUAAACUUCCUUUACAAUCAUAUGAUUCUAAUGUAUAAAAUUCUGUGGUGUAUUAUUCUGAAAUACUAAUUUAUUGCGAUCUCAAUAUAGUCAUUGCGUUAUUGAUUUGUAUAGGCAUUUACUGAACGCAUUGGUCUAAACAGUAUAAGUCUAGUGUUAUCGUUUUUGGUAACGGACCAGACACUUGACAUUCAAGCGUCAUGAUUUUAUUCACAUUAAUUGUGCUACUUUCUGUUUUUUCCUAUUAGAAAAUGAAGUCAUUCUCAAGUGGGGUAUUUCACAAAUAUUUAAGUGCGACUAUAAAAACUGCGCUCUUUAUCCCCUGUGUGAUACAGAGCAUCACCGCAUUGGUCAGAUCAAUUACACGUUUUCAAUCAGAGAAAUGCUAGUAGCAGAGAGAAAUGUACCUUCUGAAUUAUUGUCAUUGCCGAUAAAGCACCCUUCUGAUGUUUAUUUGUAUCUGUAUCAACUGCAAUAGAUAAUUUUGUUCAUUAUUUAAAUCAGUUUAAUUUUGGAACAUAGGGUAUUCCAGUGAGUCUGAUAAUUUGCGUAAUUAUUGUUUACCGUGUAAAUUUUCAUGAAAAGAGAUUAACUUCACUCAGUAUAAUACAUGUAGAAACCAGUUUUGAUAUGAAGUCGACCAGGACAUAUAACAAAAUAAAUUCAACUCCACUCCACUGAGCCAGAAGAAAGGAGUGGCAACAUUUAAAAUCUUUAAAUGUGUUUUAGUAUAUUGUAUGACAUGUUUCUGCUAGCUUAUCAAAUUGAGUGAAUUCUAUUGCAUUUUUUGAAAAAUAAUGGAAACGAUGUACAUAGGUGAUGUUUUACCCACUUCAAGAUAUAUAAAGCCCUUUGUGUGUUUAAUUGAUAGGUAUGUCCUUGAUGAUCCUCUUAUCAGUUGAGGAUUGAUUAUCAAAACAUUGUUAUUGCAAAACCUCAUCUGAAUAAUUGUUCCUUAAUAAAAAAUAUUUAAAUUAUAUGCAGUGGCUCUUGCGUACCAUUCCAAGAAAAGCGGUGUAUUUACAAUCAAGAAACGAAGGUUGUAACAGGGUUUUAUUGACCGUUUCUUUAAAUAAUGUUCUGUGGUCAAUGUCAGAAUCAGUACUAGAUGGGGAAGCUACUUAUCAGCAGCAUGAGUUUAGUAGUCACUGAUGUGUAACUUGUAGCAUUUUUUUCAGGUUAAAAUGUGCAAAAAAAUGCUUUCUCGAUCUCUUGGAAGUCAUUUCUUUUGUCACAAAAAGAAUGGACAUGUAAAGAGUUGCCUGUAAAAAUGCAAAGCGUUUUUUAGUCUGUUUCUUGAGAGUUGUAACCAUCCCAACUCUAACACGUAAGUCCGGAAGUAUAUUGUUGGAUAAUGAUACACUCCUUUACAAUAAUACUUUUAUUAUGGGUGUGAUACAUUCCCACCACGAUCCUAAAUGUGGAAUGACCAUCUCUGUAUGAAGACCACUUGCAGUAAAUUUAUUGGUUGAAGUUGAGCAUCAUCCCAGGAGCAUGCUUACAUUCUAAAGUGAAUCUUUUUAUAAUGGAAUUAAUUACAUUCCAAGUAAGCAUCUGCCCCUAUUAGUUCAUUGACCUUUAUGAAUGUGCCUUUGUACACUAUGUUAAGUUCUUAUAUCAAAGUACUGCUCUAUCUGCAAGGCCAAGAAAUACAUCAAACAAUCUGAUUACGCUGAUACCAUGUUUUUAUAUUGCAUUUAGGCACAGGGAUGAUUGUAUUCGAAGUGAUUUUGACCAGUGUUAGGAGUAUUCUUUGAGUAGCAAUGAUUAACCCUAAUCAGGCUGGGCUGGUAGACCCAUGGAUGGGAGGGGUGUUGUGGAGGCCACCCAAAGAUGUUUCGCGCCAGUGACUCGGGAUCGUUCUGACCAGACAAAGCCGAAGACGGGUGGGGUAUCAUGUGUUAACACUGGUUCAACCCGAGCGGCUGAUGAGAACGUUCCGGUGCCACUAUUUUGCGCAAAAUGUCCACAAUCAGAUCAAUGGCCAAGUUCUCAAGCGAGAAUUCUGCCACCCCCAGCCUUUUUAGUGUUGAUGAAUAUUCAGUUCUCACAGACAGAAUCAUAACCAUUAUCUUUUUAUGUACAUUUACAAAUUAAAAAAAAAUACUUUCAAAUGUGA